AGGUAACGUUUAACAUUCCAGGUGCGUGAUUCGCUUCCAACACACAGAGAUGUAGGGUUUGCAGGAAAGUUCUCUCUUGAGGAACAGCUCCAGCAGACUCUGUGAUCAAUACAACUCGUUGUUUCGUCCAUAUUGACCUGCAAGAAGAGCCGACACUAUGCCUCGAGAAACCGCCAUGUUUUCUAAGUUUAAACCAUUAGGACCUACUUUGACGGACGCAAAUCCCAUCACUCAAUACUACGACUUGGGGAUGCAAGUGGGGAGCGCUGGGCCCGAGUUAGCCUGGAAAAUCUAUGAAGCAGUUCGGAAGUCAGACAAAAGGGAAGCGUCAGUAUUUAUGUUCGAGAAAAGGGUGGCUGACAAGUUACAUAAACCAAGACGGAAGGAGACAAUUACUGAAAUUCUUCGGUUUAGUGUUCGGCAAUUGGACCGUUUUAAGCACUCAAAGCUACUGAUGCUUUACCAUCCAAUUGAAGAGUCAAGUGAAAUCUUAGCCUUCGCCACAGAACCAGUACUUGGAAGUUUAGCAAACAUUAUGGGUUCUUUGGAAGAUCGUCUGCCACAAAGCCUUCCACAAUCAGUCACGAGAUACUCUUUUGUUGAAACUGAAAUAAAAUAUGGGCUUUUACAGAUUACUGAAGGUUUGGCUUUUCUGCAUUACUCGUGUAAGCUUAUCCACAGAAACGUGUGUCCACAGUCUGUAAUCGUUAACAGAAGAGGAACGUGGAAGUUAGCUGGAUUAGAAUUCACUGAGAAGUGUAAUGAAACCGAUAUUCUGAGUCCUGUGCCCUGCCAAUCCUUUACUUCUAAGCUUCCAAAGAUGGGCCAACCAGACCUGGACUACACCGCCCCUGAAGUACUAGCGACCUCUAGCUGUUCUCCACUUAGUGACAUGUUCUCACUAGGCCUGAUGAUUUGUGCUGUAUAUAACAAUGGACGAUCCCUAAUCGAAGCAACCUUGAGUACAAGUCACUAUAAUAAAUUCAUAGAGAUGCUAGAACAAAACAUUCAUGGAUUCUUAAAUAGAAUACCUGAUCUCCUACAAGUGCCUCUUCAGAGUCUCCUGAAUGUAGACCCCAGGAGACGUCCUAAUGCACAGAAUUUUUCCAUGAUUAAAUUUUUCAUGGAUCCUGCUAUCCACGCCCUGCAGUACCUGGAUGUGAUUCAGAUGAAAGACUCAAUACACAAAUCCCACUUUUAUCAUAGUCUGAAGGGAACAUUAUCCCACAUACCAAAAAAACUGUGGUAUCAGCACGUGCUACCGUCCUUGAAAUCAGAGCUCCAAUCUCCGGAAGUAUUAGCAGCCGCUCUCCAGCCUCUGCUUUAUAUAAUCGACGAAAGUACUCCUGAAGAAUACCAAACACUUAUCUUACCGAUGUUUCGAACUAUCUUCAGCAUGCCUAAAUCUGUACAGGCAACUGUGACACUUCUGGAAAACCUGGACAUUAUUAUGCAGAAAACUCGAACAAGUGAUAUGAAAUCAAAUGUUCUUCAAAUGUUGUACAAUGCUUUCGACUCUACAACUCCUCAAAUUCAGUGUGCUGCUUUACACGCGGUGGCUCAAGUCGCUGACCAUCUAGAUGAAGGCCCUAUUCGGAGGAUGAUUUUACCAAAAACGAAACAAGUUUUCGAAAAUAACUUUGGUGUAAAGGUCCAAGCCAAUGCUCUAACAUGUGUUGAAAAAAUUAUUGACAAGCUGGAGAAAACAGAUAUUUUAGACGAAGUUCUGCCUAUGCUCAACAAAGCCAAACUCCAGGAUCCGGCUGUACUAAUGCCAGUAGUAAGAAUCUAUAAGCACAUGUUAGGAGGCAAGAGGUACGGACUGACUGUAAACUUACUGGCCACAAAAGUCAUGCCAGCCCUAAUUCCUGUGGUGGUCAGUCCAACAUUAAAAUUAUGCCAGUUCACAACUUUAGUGGAACUACUUCAAGAAAUGCUAGAACAUGUCGCCAAGAGCCAAAGAAACAAACUAAAACUCGAAAAAUUAUCAUUGCCAUCAACAGAGAAGUUAACAAUACCCAACACAAUGGAUCAAAUGACUGGUUAUCCUCAUCGUCCUCCUGCUUUACGUCUGGAGUCCCGUCGAACAUCAAUAAGUAUGGAUGACGUAGGAAGGAGGGCAUGUUCAGCCUCGUCCUCGCCAGAUUCUAAUUUGCUGCGCGUUCAGGCCAACCUCCCUGGAAGACGUCACUCGGACAAUACAAUUCAACCUCCGAGAAUCAUGAUAGCACCUUGCAGUCCGGAUAGUCCCAAUCCCACUGGUGCAACCGCCCCAGGUUUACAGAUGAGACGGCAUUCAAGUGUUAAUCCCCAUGAUACACGAUAUCACUUUUCUACUUUGAAGUCGGGUCCAACUGAUUUUUACAGUAGAGGUCGAGAAGCAGCUAGACGGUAUUCAGCUGCAGCUUUAUAUAACAGUAUAGGUGGCAGCACCUCCUCAUCCUCCAACCAAUCCCCUAGCCUACUUCAGCAAAUCGGCUCUGGCGUGCAACAACUUUUUUCUGGUAAAUAA